AUGAACAAAGAGCUUCCAUUACCAACUUUGGAAGAGUACGAGAUUUCUGCAGUCAAUGGGUUUUUGCCCAAAGAGAUGCCGAUUGCCAAAUUGUCUGAUUCGUAUUACAAAAAAUGGGAGGCUGUAGUAGCUCAGUUGCCAUCCUUACUACUGACAAAGAAAAUCAGAGAGGUUGUUGAUCGUUUGCCCAUACUGGAGGUGAAACAGUCGCUCUUGCAGAAUGUCGGCGAAUUAAGGAGAGCGUAUUCGGUGCUCUGUUUCAUUACCAAUGCCUAUGUAUGGGGGGUUGAUCAGCCAUGUGAAAUUCUACCAGAUUGUAUUGCCGUCCCGUUAUUGAGAAUUUCGGAUGAAUUGGGGCUACCUCCAUUAGCGACAUAUUCUUCUCUCGUGCUCUGGAAUUAUCAACCUAUUAUUACGAAUCCAGAUCUUAUCGAUGACGUUAUGGAUCUUUCCAACCUAACGACACUAAAUACGUUUACAGGCGGUAUCGAUGAAAGCUGGUUUUACCUAGUCAGUGUCAUGACGGAGAAAGUCGGCAGCAAAUGUGUAAUGGCAGGUAUGAAUGCAAUGAAAACUGCAAGACAAAAUGAUAUUGAUUCCGUUGUAAAGGAACUUCAGUUGUUGGCCGAGGGCAUAGAUAAUUUGGGAAGCAUACUGAUGAGAAUGGAAGAAAUGUGCGAUCCCCACAUUUUCUAUUAUAGAAUGAGGCCUUAUCUGGCAGGUUGGAAAAACAUGGCUGAAGUCGGCCUACCAAGAGGUGUCAAAUACGGCUCAAAAGGUGAAUAUAAAUAUUUUGCAGGAGGCUCGAAUGCACAAAGCUCUUUGAUUCAGACUUUAGAUAUCAUUUUAGGAAUCGAGCAUUUUCCUACAGGCAAGAAGAAUGGAGAAAAUCAGAAGACUAUUUCUGCUAACAGCAAUAAAAAUUCGUUCAUAAAUGAGAUGCGGAAUUAUAUGCCUAAAAAGCAUCGCGAAUUUCUUCAGCAUUUAUCUCUUGUGAGCAAUAUUCGUACCUUUGUGCUAGAUCAGAAAGUUGAAAAACUUACUCUGGCCUAUGAUGCUUGUCUGGCAAUGCUAAAAUCCUUCCGUGACAAGCACAUUCAAAUUGUUACACGUUACAUCAUACUGCAAUCCAACAAAAAUAAAUCAAAAUCCAGGGCUUUAAGAAGUGGGUUAUCGAAAGAUCAAGAAAGCAAACAAUUGAAAGGAACUGGUGGUACAGCUUUGAUACCUUUUUUAAAACAAUGCAGAGACGAAACUGGAAGCAUCGCAGCUUCUGACUGGGGAAAGAAAGUCUUGAGUACUGCCGUUCUUGAUGUUCAUAGGCAUUCUGUUAUUCCUACGUUGCAUAAAAGAAGCGCUGAAAAGGAAAUGGAUGAAUCUGCCGGCAAAUCUAAAAAGUCUAAACUGGGUUUGGCCGGAGAUUGGAUUGUAGACGCCAGUUCUGACGAGGAGAGCGGUAUUGGCCGAUCUGCCGGACACUGGUAA